AUGACUCCAAAAACUAACAAGAAGCUAUUAAUUGUGGGUGCUGGAGCAUCGGGACUUCCAUCGUUGAGACAUGCAUUGCUUUAUGGAGUUGAUGUUACUUGUUUUGAGCUCACAAAUCAAGUUGGAGGACUAUGGAAUUACAAACCACAGGAGACGACUUUAUCCUCCGUAAUGAAAACCACCGUAAUCAACACCUCCAAAGAAAUGACGGCAUAUUCGGAUUUUCCACCCGAAGGAACAAUGGCAAACUUUAUGCAUAAUACAGAAAUGUACAGAUAUCUUCAUAACUAUGCGAAACAUUACGAUCUGGAAAAGCAUAUAAAGUUCAAUCAUAAGGUGAAUUCAAUCCAUAGGAAUGAAGAUUAUGACAAAACUGGAAAGUGGAAAGUCAACUAUACAGAUGACGAAGGAGCCACCCAUGACGCUGUAUUCGACGGUAUUCUUUUGUGCUCUGGUCAUCAUACUACACCCAAUUGGCCGAAAAAAUUCCGAGGACAAAACGAUUUCAAAGGACGCAUUAUUCACUCACAUAGUUAUAAGGGGCAGAAGAUCAAAAAGGAGGAUUGGAGAGAAAUGGAGAUGUCGAUCUAUGAGAGCGGCGGCGAUGAGACGUCGUUUAGAGAAGUCGCAGAGGAGAAGGACAUCUCCCAAGAAAUGGCUCAAGCAGCUUUCGAAGAAAUCCUCCACAACAAGAGACAGGGGGAAUCCCAGUACCGUUUUCAACGAGACAGAUCCCUCGAGGCCUGUCCAUCAGAUGCCCUGCCGAUCGUCUUCAUUCCAUGCAAGUACCAGAAUAUGGAGGACCCAAGAUGCUGCUUGAAUAAUAUGGAUGCCCAACCGAACUUCCAAGUCUUCCCAAAGCCAAGAUGCAAUCGGAAUCUACACGACAUCAGCUUAAGUCCAAUUGGACGAUCUGUGAGUUCUAAUUUAGCUAGAGAUCAUUUUAGAAUUCAAAACUUUCAGGGAAGUCUUCCAGUGGAUCGCCCUCUCUUCGUGAGGACUUCGACGCCAAUGAGACCAACACGAUCCGUAACAGGAUCAGUGGACUCCCUUCCGUCGAGCUCGUCAAGUGAUAGUGAUCAUUUUCUCCAGCCUCGACAUUUCGACAGACGUCGCAGGGAGCCGUCGGAGUUGUCAUCAGCAAGUUCGGCACAAUCAAUUCCGAAACGGCCAAGGACUCAUUUGUCGGUGACACAGGCACUAUCCCCAGCAGCAGCUCUCGGAGCACCGCUGAUGUCUCCAGCGAUGCCAACGGCAACUUUUGUCAACUGUGGAGAUAGUCAGGCUUCGCAAAGUGGAGCACAGCUAAAAAUAUGUGCUAGGACUGGAGCUUCGUACAUGUCAAAGUGCGGACAAGGAUGCUCCGAUUCAGCAAACCAGUGGUGA